AUGGCUGACGAAGUGGCGCAAACUUUGAGGAUUGUUAGCGACAGCUAUCCUGUUGAUUUUAUUAGUAAGUUCGCCGAGUUCCGGAGCAUGAAACGCUUUACGGACAUAACAUUACGUGUCGGCAACGAGGAAUUCAUUGCCCAUAAAGCGGUUCUCUCUGCGGCAAGUCCGACAUUUAACACUAUGUUGGAUGAUGAGACCAAAAAGGAGGUUGACUUGCCUCACGAAAUAACUCCGAAAGUGAUGAUUGCCAUUUUAGACUAUAUGUACUCUGGGAGAUUGCAAAUUAAAAUGGAAUACUUUCCUCUUCUGUUUCGGAAUGCUAACUAUCUGGGUAUGGAGAACUUAAAGAAUGAGAUCCCGAAAGCGCUACUGGCCCGCCUCAACCCAGGAAAUUGCAUUUCAACACUGUUUUUGGCAACCGAGACUGGACUACGUGAUGUGUUCUUAAAGGCUAGGGAAGUAUUGGCAAAACAAUUUCGGCUGAUUUCUAAAAGAGAAAUUCAGAAGCUCAAUAGAGCACAGUUAGAGUGUGUUCUUAGUAUGAUACAGCAAUCCGGGGGUUACUUCAAAUUCCUAGUUAUCAUUCAUUGGAUAAAGUAUGAUGAAGUUAACCGUCCGCAGUAUAUGUAUAAUCUUACAUCGAAAUAUAUUAAAACUGCGUAA